AACUAAGGGUUUUGUUUCAGCUGUAACGCAUAUGCGCUCGUUUGUUCCAGCAAUUUAUGAUUGUACAGUGGCCGUUUCCAAAAACCAGCCUCGACCUACAAUGUUGGGAAUAUGUAGAAGACAAUCUUCUGUGAUGAAGGUGCAAAUCAGGAGACAUCAAAUGCAGGAGUUGCCAGAAACAGCUGAUGGCAUUGGACAAUGGUGUAAAGAUAUAUUUGUUACAAAGGAUGCUGUAUUGGAGAGAUACUUUUGUAUGGACUCUUUCAGUGACUUACCUCAGCAAGACAUUGGUCGACCAAAAAAAUCUUUCUUUGUUGUCAUAUCUUGGAUAUGUGUCCUUGUAUAUGGUAUAACCAAAUUCUUUCAGUGGUCUUCUCUCCUAUCCUCAUGGGAAGGCAUUGCAUUUUCAGCCACAUUCUUGGUCCUCGUUACCAUUGUUAUGCAAAUUCUCAUCCAAUCCUCCGAGUCCGAGCAUUCUACCCCUGUCAAUACAGUGACACAAGACCCAAUGGAAGAGCAGCUUCUUCAGUAAUAAUUACUCAAUUAUCUGUAGCUAUUUCAUCUGUGAUCAGAAAACUCUUCUGAUAUCAUCCUUGGAAUUGGUCAAUCUACCUAUUACCCUGUUAUAUGGCUUGGAAAAUGUAGUAUAUAUUCAUAGCUUACAUGUGAGUCUGUUGGGCCUACCUAUAGAGGUUAAAACUC